AUGGCACAAUAAAUGCAAGGUACUGGCAUCAACAUGCCCAAGAUUUCCUAUGCCUCAACUAUGAUUGUUGAGGACCACCUUAAGAAAUGCUUGGCUAGAACCACCAACAAGCCAUUCAAAGUCUCUGACAACAAACUCCUCCCUAGAGCUCAGCACUCACCAUUCGGAGACUUCCCCAAGGACUUCCUUCCUGGAAAGAAGCUAACCGUAACUGAUAUCGAGCCAAUUGAGAAGCACGAGCAAAGCAUUGCUGCUAAGGGUGUUUCAAUCUUGAAAAAAGGAGAAGGUCUCGGAGGAAAGGCCACAAGUUUGAACAAGCCAAAGGAAAAGCCCGCCCCACAAAAGCCAAAGGCUGGAGCAUUCAACCAAAGAAACAUCCCAUCUAGCGAGUUCAGAAGAUUCUACGACAGAGGAGAUCUCCCAAUCGCCAUUGAGCAUGGACCACAAAACAGAAUCUACUGGAAGGUUGAAAUCCAACAAUUAGAUUAUCAUCAUUAUCUUCCAAUCUUCUUUGAGGGUAUCAGAGAAAAGCAAGACCCAUACAGAUUCCUCGCUGUUUAGGGUGUAUUCGAUAUGCUAGACAAGGGUGGAGCUAAGGUUCUCCCAGUCAUCCCACAACUCAUCAUCCCAAUCAAGACUGCCUUGAACACUAGAGAUUCAGAGAUCAUUUCAAUUACACUAAAGAUUUUACAAGCAUUAGUGACCUGCUCUGACACCAUUGGAGAGGCAUUAGUUCCCUAUUACAGAUAAAUUCUCCCAGUCAUGAAUCUAUUCAAGAUCAAGAACCAAAACUUAGGAGAUAAAAUUGACUACAGUCAAAGAAAAGCUGCCAAUUUAGGUGAUCUCAUUCAAUAGACUCUUGAGAUGUUCGAGAUCCACGGAGGAGAAGACGCUUUCAUCAACAUUAAGUAUAUGAUCCCAACCUACGAAAGCUGCGUACUCAACUGA